CGUCGUCGCUGUCAGCCACUCGGGUCGGGCCGUCGGAGGGGUGCAGGCGAGUGCGGGCGGUGGCGCGAGGGCUGAGGUGGCGACAUGUCCUCGGGGGUGGCCGCGCGCCGCGACGCCAAGAAGCUGGUGCGCUCGCCCAGUGGGCUGCGCAUGGUGCCCGAGCACCGCGCCUUCGGGAGCCCGUUCGGCCUGGAGGAGCCGCCGUGGGUCCCGGACAAGGAGUGCUCGAGAUGCAUGCAGUGUGACGCCAAGUUCGACUUUAUCACCCGGAAGCACCACUGCCGGCGCUGCGGGAAGUGCUUCUGUGACAGGUGCUGCAGCCAGAAGGUGCCACUGCGGCGCAUGUGCUUUGUGGACCCGGUGCGGCAGUGCGCGGAGUGCGCCUUGGUGUCCCUGCGGGAGGCGGAGUUCUACGACAAGCAGCUCAAGGUGCUCCAGAGCGGAGCCACCUUCUUUGUGACCUUUGGAAACUCAGAGAAACCUGAAACCAUGGUUUGUCGUCUUUCCAACAACCAGAGAUGCUUGGUUCUGGAUGGGAACAGUCACUAUGAAAUCGAAAUCGCACACAUCUCCACAGUGCAGACUCUCACCGAGGGCUUUGCUCCCGGAGGAGGCAAUGCCCGGGCUGCAGGCAUGUUCCUGCAGUACAUGGUGCCGGGGUCAGAAGGCGCAGCCCAGCUGAAGCUGAUGGCCGGGGAGGACGCGAACGCCAGCAAGAGGCCAGCGGCAGCGUGGCUGGCAGCAAUGCACAAGGCUGCCAAGCUCCUCUACGAGUCUCGGGACCAGUAGCUCUCGUGCAAGGCCCCCUCGGAGUGCGUCUGGUCAUCGAGCACCAUGGGGCUGACCUCGCUUGUGCUGGAAAUGCAAUUCAAGUAUCUGGAGAUGCAAAGUGCUCACUUACUUAGUGCAAUAUGUACACAGUUUAUUAACGCUUUGAACAGCUUCUUCCUGUCUUAGUUUGUCUGUUGUCCUGUUGAUACUUAGCUGGCGGUGGAGAGGCCGAGCUGCACUACUUCGGAACCGUUUUUAGCAUAACCAGGACCGUAUCUGAAUGCCCAGGGUCACUGGAAGACUCCGGCUCAUCAGGGUCCCCCGGGACUUCCCCAGAGUAAUACACUGGGGGGUGCUCAGCAGCCCUGAGGUGAGGCUGUGUCGCCGGCCUCUGUGCUGUUUCCAGACUGUCCGCUGGCCCAGCACUAACCGGGAGCAGUGAGCAACCCUGCCCCUUCACUGCGCGGAAGGCGCAGUGCUGUUUUCUACUUUUCACUUACUCUCACUUUAUUAAAAUGAUGGUAUAGCAAUUUGUAUAUAAAAGCAUAAAAUUAAAACCUAUUUUGAAAAUA